AUGGAUUCCCGAGCACCGGUUGGUUAUGUUUGGCGAUACAUAUUGCAACGAGUUUGGCAAGAUACACUGAGCGCUAUGCGUAAAGUUUGGCUAAAAGUCUGGCGUCAAGUUCCGCAAACUGCUGACUCCUCUCCCGCAGUACGUAAUAGAUGGGAUACGCAAUCAAUAACCUACUCGGAUUGCGAAGCAUUUUUCGAAGCAGUAAGCAAAGGCUCGAUAAAGAAAUUAAACAAAAUGUUCUUCAAGACGAACGGACCAAAAGUGACGGCUGAAUUAGCAAAAUCAUACAACGAACAUGGAGAAACACCUCUACUAAUGGCCACUCGUCAAGGAAAAAAGAGCAUGGUCCAAUUUUUAUUACAACAAUUGCAAGUACCUGUUAGUCAGCAUGGGCGAUUUAUGUGGAACGGUGUUGAAUAUCCGCAAGUUCCACCAUUAUUCGCAGCUAUUCUUUGCGGGCAGACACAUAUAAUCAUCCAACUGAUUGCGGCUGAGAUACAAUCUGGACAAACAUCGAGUUCGAUUAGUUCCAUCGUCUAUAGCACCAACGACCGACAUCAAAAGAUAAACAUAUUGAAACUAUUGGGAGCUACUUACCUGUGCUUUUGCAACAUACACGGAACACGAGAGCUCGGGCUGGUCUGCUGGGAAAAAGCCAUUAAUCUUCGUAAUGCGACCACUGACGGAUGGCAGGUCAUACCCAAACCUGAGGUCCCGUUUUCGUCUGACAAUGCUCGUAAAGCUAUGGGCUUUACAUUUGAAUUUACCACACAAGAACAACUGGAGCAAAUCAACGCAUCAGACCUUCAGCUCUUUACUCAGAGCGUUUUGGUUAGCCAGCGAAUUAUGCACAGCAUCAGUCCCGGAGCCAAUCUGUUUAGUCUUUCACACCUCUGCCAAUAUGUUAGCAUGUGUUAUAACAAAGAAGAGCAGUACGACCGUGUGAUCUGCAUUGGCUUGUUCUUUCUUGAACCACCGGACAAUCGAGAAGAAUUUACAUUUGCCAAUCUAAUGAUUGCUUUCGAGUUUGCUAGUGACUAUGUUACUGGUCUACAAGAUAGCGAACGUAGAUUACGCACAUCGUACGAUAUAGCACGCAACAUCUUGAAGAUGGUCUUGUUAAUUGUUGAGAUGCUUCCACAGUUAGAUGCUCACGAAAGUCACCAAUUCAAACGUUGUCUCUACCGUUUCCUUCGUAACGACCGUAGAUGGGGUUUGGAUUGCCAAAAUUUCUUGCACAUGAUUUGCCGUUGUGAAGAUCCAUUGCAAUAUUUAAGCAGACCUCCUAAUUGUGCCUAUGAAAGCGAUGAAGAUGAUAGCGAAGAUGAUGAUGAUGAUAGCGACAACGAUGAUUAUAGCGACGACGAUGAUGAUAGCGACGACGAUGAUGAUAGCGACUCUUGUUCAUGUGUUAGUGAUGAUGGCGAAACUGAUGGAUCUGUUAGCGGAUGUUCUUCGUGUGGCUACCACGUUGAUAAUGGCGGUCCUAACGACAACGAUGAUGAUUUUGACGUGGUUCGUUUUGAAGAUGAUUUCUUGAACCUUGACGUGAACCUUGAAGAUGGAAUAAUAGAAGAGGUUGAAGAUGAUUUCUUGAACCUUGACGUGAACCUUCUUGAAGAUGGAAUAAUAGAAGAGGAGCAAGUUUUGGAAACACCCUCUAAGGAGUUGCAGAUUGCCGUAAUUAGGUUGUUCUUGGAACUUGGAGCUGAUCCUAAUGCAACGGAUGCUGACGGAUUAACACCUCUACAUUGGCUGAGCAUGUAUUCUAAGGAUUUUGGCCAAGCUCAGGUGGUCAUGGAACAUGGAGGCCAUAUUGAUCAAGCUGAUUACAACAGGCAAACACCUCUGAUGCACUUUAGGCAAUGGCACAGGCAAACACCUCUGAUGCACUUUAGGCAAUGGCACAGAGUAUUUGACAGAAUGCCCGAUCCUCGCCUUCAAGCUUUGCUUCACACCGUUUUGCCACUAAGUUGUUUGGCAGCACAAGUCCUGCGCCAAAAUCAAAUUCUAUUUGACGUGAAGGAGAUUCCAGCUACUUUGCAUUCAUUUGUUCGCCGUCAUUAAACACUGGAU